AUGUCGGGACCUUCAGACGAAUCCGACUACCUUUCCGAAGGGUCGAGCUAUAAUGAAGACUUUAGCUCUGGAAAGGCUCAGAAGUCAAAGCAAAAGAAACAGCCACUAGCAGACACGUCUUUAAACUCAUUUAGCAACGCGUCAACCACUUCAACGGGGAAACCUUCAAACGCUUCUGAGACAUAUCAAAAGCUAUCUCAAUUGGAACAUAUCUUGAAGAGACCAGAUACUUAUAUCGGUUCAGUUGAGAAAACUAAAAUGGAAAUGUGGUGUUUUGAUGCUGAGUCUGAAUCUAUGAAAUUUCAAGAAGUCACAAUUGUCCCUGGUCUUUACAAAAUCUUUGACGAGAUUUUGGUGAAUGCCGCUGAUAACAAGAUAAGAGACCCUUCCAUGAAGAAUAUCAAGGUGAGGAUUGAUCCUGAAAAUAACGUUAUUCAAGUGUUCAACGAUGGUAAAGGUAUUCCUGUAGAAAUGCAUACAAAGGAGAAAAUGUACAUUCCUGAGUUGAUCUUUGGUAACUUGUUGACUUCUUCCAAUUAUGAUGAUGAUCAAAAAAAGGUUACUGGUGGUAGAAAUGGGUUUGGUGCUAAGUUAUGUAACAUUUUCUCCACUCAAUUUGAGGUUGAAACGGCUGACUUGAAUACCGGCAAGUUGUACAAACAAACGUGGACGGACAACAUGACAAAAGUCGGCAAACCCAAGAUUAAUGCAUUAAAAACAAAGAAAGAAUACACCAAGAUCACUUUCAAACCGGACUUGAGUAAGUUUGAUAUGGACAGUUUAGACGAGGAUUUGUUAUCUGUUUUGCGAAGAAGGGUGUAUGAUCUUUGUGGUACGGUAAAGAAUUGUAACAUCUAUCUCAAUGACAAGCGAUUGCCCGUCACUAGCUUCAAGAGCUAUGUUGAAAUGUAUGUUAAAGCAAUCAAGGAGAGGUCGCCAGAGCCAGAAGGAGAAGGUGCUCCCAAGAAUUACACCACAAUUGUACAUGAAGUGUUCAACGAAAGAUGGGAAGUGGCGUUUGCUGUCAGUGAUGGUUCAUUCAACCAAGUGAGUUUUGUUAACUCCAUCGCCACAACUGCAGGUGGUACCCACGUCAAAUAUGUGUCCGAUCAAAUCAUAACCAAAUUGGUGGAAACAUUGUCCAAGAAGGAAAAGGGAAAGAAAAAAUUGAUGAUCAAGCCGAAUGAGGUGAGGGACAACAUGUUUAUUUUUAUUAACUGUCUUAUUGAAAAUCCUGCUUUUACAUCGCAAACCAAGGAACAACUCACAACUAAAGUAUCUCAAUUUGGAGGUAAAGAAAAGUUUGUGGCUUCCGACAACUUGAUCAGCCGUGUGUUAAAGACCGGGAUAGCUGACAAGAUUCGUGAUAUAGCCAAUGCCAACGAAGACAAGGCAUUACAAAAAGUAGAUGGAAGCAGGAAACUGCGUAUCAAGGGUCAGGUCAAUUUAGUGGAUGCAAACAAGGCUGGUACGAGAGAUGGAUUAAAGUGCACUUUGAUCCUUACCGAAGGGUUGUCGGCUUUAAACUUGGCGGUUGCUGGGCUAACUGUUAUCGGAAGAGAUUACUAUGGCUGCUUUCCGUUGAGAGGAAAAUUGUUGAACGUUCGUGAAGCUUCCGCUGAUCAAAUUGCAAAGAACGCUGAAAUUAAUUCAUUGAAACAAAUUAUUGGUCUUCAGCAUAAAAAGACUUACAAUGCGGAGAACAUCAAGUCGUUGAGGUAUGGGCAUAUUAUGAUUAUGACAGAUCAAGAUCAAGAUGGAUCACAUAUUAAAGGUUUGAUUAUCAAUUUUUUGGAAACUUCGUUUCCUGGGUUGCUUGAUAUUCCUGGGUUUUUGCUUGAAUUCAUUACACCUAUUGUCAAAGUCACUGUGAAAGGUCGUGGGGCCAAAAAGAUAAUUCCAUUUUACAGCAUGCCAGAAUUUGAAACAUGGAGAGAUGGUGAAGGUCAAACUUGUCGUUGGACUCAAAAGUACUACAAGGGUUUGGGUACUUCAACUCCCAUGGAAGCUCGAGAAUAUUUUACAGCCUUGGAUAGACACUUGAAAAGAUUCCAUGCAUUGCAAGGUGAGGAUAGUAGCUGUAUUGACCUAGCAUUCUCCAAAAAGAAGGCUGAUGAAAGAAAGGAAUGGUUGCAAAAUUUUGUUCCUGGUAAUCAACUAGAUCCCGCGUUGAAUGAAAUACCCAUAAGUGAAUUUAUAAACAAGGAAUUGAUUUUAUUUUCGAUGUCGGAUAACAUUAGAUCUAUCCCUUCUGUGCUUGAUGGGCUAAAGCCAGGUCAAAGAAAAGUCUUGUUUGGUUGUUUCAAGAGAAAUUUGAAAAGUGAAAUCAAAGUGGCACAAUUGGCAGCGUAUGUAAGUGAAAAUACUGGCUACCAUCAUGGUGAAGUCUCCUUGGUGCAAACAAUCAUUGGUCUUGCACAAAACUUUGUUGGGUCAAACAACAUCAACAUUUUGAAACCAAAUGGUGCUUUCGGUUCGAGAGCAACUGGUGGUAAAGAUGCCGCUGCUGCGAGAUAUAUCUUUACUGAGUUGAAUGAUAUAACAAAGGCUAUUUUCAACCCAUUAGACAAUCCGAUUUAUACCUAUGUUCAAGAUGAUGAGCAAACUGUUGAGCCGCAGUGGUAUUUGCCAGUUUUGCCAAUGAUUUUGGUUAAUGGAGCUGAAGGUAUUGGAACUGGGUGGUCAACCAACAUACCCUCCUAUGACCCGAAGGAAAUUGUUGCUAAUUUGAGGAGGCUCAUGAACAAUGAACCUUUGGAGGAGAUGAUGCCAUGGUACAAGGGAUGGGAUGGUGUUAUUGAGCCCAUGGGACAACAAAAGUACAAAAUCAGUGGUAAGAUAGAGCAAAUUGAUGACAACAUAGUGGAGAUUACUGAAAUUCCAGUAAAGACCUGGACCAAUACUGUGAAAGAGUUUUUGUUGGCAGGAUUCGGUAAUGAAAAAACUCCUGCAUGGAUAAAGGAUAUGGAGGAGCACCAUACAACGAACAUCAGGUUUGUUGUCAAAUUGAGUGAUGCGGAAAUGGAAAAAGCAUUGAAAGUUGGUUUAUUGGAGAAAUUCAAAUUGAUUUCAUCAAUAAGUUUGGGAAAUAUGGUUGCGUUUGAUCCAUACGGAAGAAUCAAGAAAUAUAAUGACGUAUUUGAGAUUUUGAAAGAUUUCUAUUAUGUCCGUUUGGAGUAUUACGAAAAGAGAAAGAAUCACAUGCUCGAGAUGUUGCAACGUAAAUUGUUGAUGAUUUCGGAACAAGCCAGGUUUGUGAAGAUGAUUAUUGAAAAAGAAUUGUCAGUCGCCAAUAAGAAGAAGAAGGAUUUGAUCGAGUUGCUUGAAAAACAUGAUUUCACAAAAUUUACGAAAGAUGGUACGCCUGUGGAAUCAAAGGGGUCAGAUGUGUUUAUUGAUGAUAAUGACUCCGAAGAGGAAAUUGAAAAUGAAGGUGAUGUUUCCGCAUUGAACUUGAAAAAGACCGAGGAUCGUGUUGAAGGUGAACAUAAACCAGACACUAUAUUUUCAUCUUACGAUUAUUUGUUGGGUAUGACGAUUUGGUCUUUGACUCAUGAACGUUAUGUCAAACUUUUGAAUGAGAAGUCUAGUUUGCAAAAGGAAUUGGAGAUAUUAAUUGGUAAAUCUGCUAUUGAUUUAUGGAACCAAGACUUGGAUGUAUUCAUGAAGGAGUAUGAAUUGUUUUUGGCCAAAGAUGCAGAGGAAAGAGAACAUUUGUCAAGUAGUGGGAACAAGAAGAAAACCACAAGAAAAAGAAAAGCAGCCAAACCUGAGGCAGAAUCAGUAAAGAAGGUUAAAGUUGAAGGAGAGGCACAAGCUCCACCAAAAGUCGUUUCCAAACCUCGCACCACCACGCACCAGGCUAAACCAAAGUCUGCAAGUAUAGAAGCAGCAUCCGCGCCAUCAACUUCAUCAACUCCUGCACCGAAAGAAGUUACAGUCAAGAAAGAGCCAAAUGACAUACUUACCUUUUUUUCACCUACAAGCAAAUCCAAAACAAAGCUGAAUGAUAAAUCUACGAAAUCGACAAAACCAUCACAACCUCUAACCAGUUCGAUUUUUGAUUCAGAUGACGAUAUAUUCGAAGUGAGUAGCAAAUCUUCUGAGAAAUCGAAACCCAAGUCGAAAAACACCGUAUUGGAUGAAUUAGAUGAUUUGGAAAUUUUGGGUGACAAACCGCAGGUAUUGGAAAGUAGAACACGUUCAAGCAGGCCAGCAAGGGCGAAAGUGACAAGUAUGUUUAGUGAUGACGAGAGUGAUGAUGCUAUAGCUGAUGAUCCAAGUGAAGUGGUUGAAAUUGACGAGGAUGAUGACGACUACAAUGAUGAAUAG